AAAACGAUCAGUCAUCUUUUGCUGGAAGCUUCCCACAAUCCGCACACCUCAAUAGACACAGGAGAGGGUUUUUUUUUUUGGAUAAUAUGUAGACAAUAAAAUAAUAUCUGGCAAGGAAGAGGCAUUGUGUUGAUUGUCACAAGGAAAACAGAUAAACAACAUACACAUACAUUUUUUCCAUAUUAUAUCAAAUUGAAAACACAUGUUUGUUUUAUAGUUUGCAUACAUUUUUCUUUAUUUCUAUUCCAGUUUUAGUUUUAAUUUUAGUUUAGCUAAGUUUUGUGAGGUAAGUUGUUUUGCAUCUAGUUUUUGUCUACUAUAAUAAGCUUGGUUUAAAUUACAAGGUACCACAACAUUAGCACCAACAGCAGGCUUAUAUAUAUCUAUAUAUAUAGAUUUAAAAAAAUGAAACUUAUUAUUUAUUUUUCGACUAUAAACGUGAUAAAUAUUUUUAUGUAAUUCAUUUAGAUUUUGCGCGACCCAAAUAGGCGGAGAACAUUUUGAUCUUUGCGACUUUCCGUAACACCUUACGUCACACGUAACAAGCAUGGCGGCGCCCUCUGGACAAGAGAAGUAAAACGAAACAUUUUACUCUAGUUAGAGUAUCUACUUACAAACCUGGACCGUCUUCGUUUUUACGGUAAAUAGGUGCGUGAGGGAUCAAGCCGUUUCCUUUAUAUAAAAUGGGUUUAGAGCGUUUGUUCUGUUACUCCAGACAUUUCCCACUCGGUAACGUCCAGCGAGUCUUUGGAAAUGUGUUGAAGCGAUCUUUACCGAGCAGCGGCAGCGUUUGCAACCGAGCCAGUGCUCCAGGACUGUUCGGCGGGUUAUUUGUCCACACGGGCCGCCAGCUGACAGCCCGUCGCAGCCUGUGCACCUCGACCCAACUCGCGAGGGAUGUCACCUUGUUCGAGCACGACCGGACCCGCUUCUUCCGGCUUCUCUCCGUCUUCUGCGGCGGACAGUUGAUCUUCUGGACAUACCUGGCUCACUUCGCCUUCACCGGGCUCAGAGACACAGGCGGCAGUGGAAAGAAGGACAAAGCCAAAGCGCCCACCAUUACCACUGGGCUGGCGGGGAUGUGGAGCUUUGAGAUGAACCUGGGGUCAAACUCCUGGAGGUACGGCUUCACGCUGGGAUGUCUGGCCGUCGGAGGAGGGAUCGUCGGGCUCGGGCUCCUGUUCUGCCGACGCUCUGUCAACUCGGUGGUUUUACAUCGAGGUGGAAAGAUGGUGACAGUUUGCACGCAGUCACCUCUGGGACCUGGCAAAGGCCGGAAAAUAACAGCCCCACUGUCCGAAGUAGCCUGCCACGCCCACAGACAGGAGUCCCCCUCAUUCAUCCCCCUCCGAGUCAAAGGCCACAAGUUCUACUUCCUUCUGGACAAAGAGGGGACCGUGAACAACGCCAGGCUGUUUGAUAUCACCGUUGGUGCAUACCGGCCAGUUUAAGUUGUGGUUAUUACACAAAACUCUUAUGGACAACAAAUGUAUCUGAUCGUCUCUGCUCAAUUAAUAAAAUAUUUGAUAUUCA